GCAGCGAAAUGGUACCACCUUGCUCAGUUGGGUUGACAACCAAAGCAUGCUGUGAUAGAUGGUGGUGGAGCCCAGUGGUAGGAACAGCUAAAUGCCCAACAGUGGUGCAGCUCAGUGCCAGCCAAACGACACUGUGUCCAGUGGGGUGAUGCUUUAAACCGUCAGUACAUCCCAACCAAAUUGUGUCAUUGCCCUGCACUGAAACAUCAUCAGGCUGUGCAAAAACAUUCUCUGAUCUAUAAUGAGGGAGAUUCGUGGAUGUUGAGGCCAAAAGAGACCAUUUUGAUCCGCUGAUCCGUCUUCUGGCAUAAAACAGACCAGAGAAUCUUACCUGGUGAUUCCUGAAUCAGGCCCAGAACUUCUGUCUUGAGUUUGAGUGUCUCCUCUAGCAAGACAUCCAGACUUGAUUUAUGUCCCAGGAGAGUUCUGAAGAUAAAUUCCUUCAUCUCUGUGAUGCACUCACUCUGGUGAUGAGCACCACCAAAAAGACCAUGAGGAAAUCAUCUAACUGCCUAAAAAUGUCAUUGCUUCAGCCCAGUGUCAUCUUGUCUCAACUGAACAUCAUGUGAAAUCAUCUGCAUGUGGCAUGAAAAUGAGGUCUGAAGCCACUGAUAUAAACGAUGGGUCACCCAUCCCUUGUAGAAUCCUAGAAGGCUUGAGAUAUGCAGCAUCUACCAUCAUCAUUUAUGCAUGACUUAAGUAAAUGAUCAGUGACUUAUUUAUGAAGCACAUUGAAGGAAUCAGUCAGAAAAUGAGCUGAGAACUUCCCCCUUCUAAUCAAUGUUGGGAUUUUAAUAAUAUUCUGACCAUCUCCUGCGUCUUCCAUCCAACUCGUUCAAGCAAUUUGCCAACAUUAAUGGAUUGAGCUUCACAACACUCCUGGGAGGUAGUGCCCUGGGAGGCGAGCGUGGGGGGGUGUGUGGAACGCGACUGUUCCUGUGGGGACCAUGUGAGGAUGAUCUUUAUUUCGGAGGCAAAGACAGAGCAGAGGGAAUCAGGAGCCCUGCGCCAGUCUGGCUUCAAUUAAAGAUCCUGAGAAGACUCUGCAGAGUGGAGCCUGGGAGACUCGCAGCUGGGACCUGGCUAUGCGGCUGAGCUGCGGCUGUCUCCUGGUCCUCUUUGUGAAGAUCCCCUCCGUCUGCCUGGUCGGAAGCCAGGAUGACGAGGAUGCCCCGCCAUCCCCCCCGCUUGACGUGGGGCCCCUGCCCCCAAAGAAUAACCCAGGCUGCCCGGCUAACUGCACCUGCCCCUCAGAGGAGACGGUGGAGUGCGGUGGGCUCGACCUGCACGUCUUCCCCAGCAACAUCUCUAGAGCUGUCCAGCAUCUUUCUCUGCAGAACAACCAGCUGCGGGAGCUGCCCUACGACGAGCUGGCUCAGCUGACCAGCCUGAAAACCCUCAACCUGCACAACAACCACAUCAUCUCCGCAGGCCUCCCGGAUGAAGCCUUUGAGUCCCUGGACUCGCUGCAGUACAUCUACCUGGCCAACAACAAGCUCACGGUAGCACCGCAGAUCCUCCCCAGCACAGUGCGCAUAGUGGACCUGGCUGCUAACCUGCUCACCGAAGUCUACCCGCUCACCUUUGGGCAGAAAGCCAACCUCAGGUCCGUGUAUCUUCACAACAACCAGCUGACCAACACCGGGCUCCCCUAUGACGCCUUCAGCGGCUCCAACGCCGUCAGCACCAUGAUCCUCUCCAGCAACCAGCUCAGCUACCUGCCCCAGAACCUGCCCCCUGCGCUCGUCCGGCUCCACUUACAGAACAACCGCAUCGCCCGGAUCCCCAGGGGGGCGCUGAGCAGCCACUGGAAGCUCCGAGAGCUCUACCUGCAGAACAACAACCUGUCCAACCAGGGCAUGGACCCUUCCACCUUCAGCAAGCUGAAGAGCCUGGAGUACCUGGAUCUGUCUAACAACAACCUGACCAAGAUCCCGGCUGGCUUCCCCCCGAACAUCAUGAUCCUGCACCUGGGCAAGAACCGCAUAGACUCGCUGCCACGGGACAGCCUGAGCCGGGUGCGUGGCCUGCAGUACCUGCUGCUGCAGAACAACCGCCUGACGGCCGCUGGCGUCCACCCUGACGCCUUCCUCAAGCUGCGCAACCUGCACACGCUGCACCUCUACAACAACCGGCUGGAGCGGGUGCCCCCAGGGCUGCCCCGCCGGGUGCGCUCCCUCAUGAUCCUGCACAACCAGAUCACUCACAUCGGCCUGCAGGACUUCGCCAACACCUACCUGCUGGCCGAGCUCAACCUGAGCUACAACCGCCUCUACAGCGCCAAGAUCCACCGGCUGGCCUUCCGCAAGCUGCGCCGGCUCGAGACCCUGGACCUGUCGGGCAACCAGCUCACCCUCCUGCCCACCGGCCUCCCGCCCAGCCUCCAGGUGCUCAAGCUGCACAAGAACCAGAUCAACUCCCUCUCGCCUGAGCUGCUGGCCAACCUGACCGGCCUCAAGGAGCUGCACCUGGCCCACAACAGGCUGCGCAUCGGCUCCAUCACCCCUGGCACAUGGCAGGAGCUGCAGGGGCUCAAGCUCCUGGAUCUCAGCAACAACGAGUUGUCCUACAUCCCCCCAGACUUGCCAGAGUCCCUCGAGUACCUGUAUCUCCAGCACAACCGCAUUGCUGUCAUUGGGGCCGAAGCCUUUCACACCAUCCCCGACAUCCGAGCCAUCGUCCUCAGAUCCAACCGCCUGCUGGCAGCCAGCGUGUCUGACCAGGCCUUCGCGGCCCUGAAGCAGCUGGAGGUUGUGGACACUACGGGGAACCCAGAACCCAUCAGUGUCAAGAUGCCACGAGCCGGGCGCUGGCUCAGAUCUCACCCAGGCGCCUAACAAGCGGACAGCUCAGCCUGAGCUAGUCAGUGUCUGCCCUGGGCCUGGUUUUCAGGGAAGCUUGAAUAGCAGCGAGGAAAUGAGGAACCGGGGCAGCUUUGUCCUUCUCCAGCUGCACUGCUCAGGUCCUAGACUCUGUUAUCGCCAAGGGCUCGGGUGGUCCUGUCAGGGAGCAGCAGCUAAGCAGGGGUGGGAAGGCCCAGCACUUGGACAGAGGAAAAUCCAGCUAUGGUGGGGAGUAGGGCGAGUGUCUCAGUAGGGAGCACUCUUCCCUGAGAGUCAGCACAGUCCUGGGGGCGCUGUGCUACCGGGAGCAUGGGGCACGCUCCUGCUCUUUCAGCCAACCACAGAAUUGGGGUCCUGCCCCUUGGUCAGCCUGGGGAAGGCCAUCUGCCUUCCUAAGUCCCCCUUGCACUCUCCACCUCUCAUCCAAACCAUCACGUAGAACUGCCAUGUUCCACCCCAGAGGUGGCUGGAUUUCAGUGCCAGGGAAGUUAUUUCCCUCUGUAUAGGGCUAAAUUCUGAGCUGCUAUCAGCAGGUGCGAUUCCUCUCAGACCUCUAACCAGCUCUGAACUUGGCAGGUGCUUUGGGAUCUCUUGGGUUGAGAGGAGCUCUGGCAACAUCUCCUGCUGAAAUCCCUCUCUCCUGCUGUCAUUUCCUGCAGCCGCCUUCCCUCACUCCCAGGCUCUGAUGCAGCCCGUCCCAGAUCGCAGCGAUAACAUGGUUUCAAUAUCCUCCCUGCACUUCCCUGAGACAGCGUUCCAGAGGGAUUACGCUGUCUGCUCUUCUGGGCUCGUUCAGCUGCACGGGGCGCCGACACACCCCUAUAAGCCCUGCCCCAGCGUCCCGAGAAGCAGCACAUCCCCUUGGGCACUUAAGGCCUUGCUCCAGGGGUGGCUCCAGGCCCCAGCACGCCAAGCGUGUGCUCGGGGCAG